GUGAACGUCAUAAUCUCGUGUUGGAUAUAUGACUUGGACAGAUCAAGCGAUGCGGACACUGGAGUUUAAUCUUCAGUUGUGAAACCGUGCUCGCUUACUGUGCCUGCUCUCUUAUCUGACGGCCGAGAAACGUGCGCGUGCGCAUAUUGAUUUACCGAUCAAAUAUGCUGUGUUGAAUUUAAUUUAAAUAACUGGAAACAUUUUUAACGUAAUGAAGUGUUAUGUAGAUGAAAAUUUUAUUUAAAAAUUUAAGUUUUUAAUGUACCUAUUGGAUAAAAAUAAUUUUAUUCCAAGAAAACAAAAUAGGACAAUAGAAAAAGUUUAAAGAUUUUAAUCGGUAAUUAAUAUUUUUAUUCAAGACUAGUGUUAUUACUAAAGAUAAAAACUGGUGCAUAUAAAGUGAGAAAUAAAAUAAUCGACAAGUAAAAUGAGUAAAUGGGAGAAGAAUCCUGAGAAGUUGGAGAAAGAGGCGUUGGACUCGUCAGAAACGUGGCGCAUUCUGAAGAAUGUGGUCGUCAUCAGUGUGGCUUUCAUGGUGCAGUUCACUGCCUACUGUGGAGCAGCCAAUCUUCAAAGUUCAAUCAACGCUAAGAAGGGUCUGGGAACCGCUUCAUUGGCAGCGGUGUAUGCUGGACUUAUAUUUUCCAAUAUUUUUCUACCAGCUAUUGCUAUAAGAUGGUUGGGAACAAAGUGGGCAAUAUCCCUCUCAUUUAUCACGUACAUGCCGUACAUAGCAGCACAGCUGCGGCCGACUUUCUACACUCUCAUCCCGGCGGCCCUGAUCGUUGGCUUGGGCGGGGGGCCGCUUUGGUGCGCUAAAUGCACUUACUUAUCUGUCGUAUCUGAAGUUCACAGUAAGAUAUCGAAGAUUCCUGCUGAAGCUCUACUUGUUAGAUUUUUGGGGUUAUUCUUUAUGAUAUUUCAAAUGAACCAAGUUUGGGGUAACUUGAUUUCUUCCCUAGUGCUGUCAUCUGGCAAUAACACUGCAGCGGUGACCGCUGUCAACGCAACGUUGAUACCGGAGAUAUGUGGCGCCAACUUCUUACCAAGCGCUGACGCUGGCGAGGCCUUGAAGCAGCAGCCACCGGAAAAAAUACAGAUGAUUGUUGGCAUAUAUCUGGUUUGCAUGGCUGGAGCUGCACUGAUAGUUGCCAUCGGAGUUGACUCUAUGAAAAGAUACGACUCUGGCCGUGUCGGCUCUGGUACUGGCCUAUCUGGACUGGCACUAUUGGUGGUCACUCUGAAGUUGCUCAUCGAACCCAAUCAACUACUACUGGUGGCAAUCAAUAUCUUCGUUGGUUAUCAGCAGGCUUUCUUUGGAGCUGAUUUCACAGUGGCGUUUGUAUCCUGCGCUAUCGGUACCGGGUCUGUGGGAUUUGUUAUGCUGGUCUAUGGUUUGGCAGACGCUAUAGGAUGUGUGGCAACUGGUUACAUCGCUAAGAUCACGGGUCGCCUGCCUUUGAUCUGCUGUGCUCUGACAGUUCACGUGGCAUUGUUCAUCACCGUCCUGGUGUGGCGGCCUCAAGCUGGUCUCAGUUACGUCAUGUACAUUAUUGCCGUGUUAUGGGGCCUCUGUGAUUCCAUCUGGAUUGUUCAAAUAAAUGCAUAUUACGGCCUCCUUUUCCCUGGUAGAGAAGAAGCGGCUUUCUCUAACUUUCGUUUAUGGGAAUCCGUUGGAUACAUUAUAGCGUACCUGAUAUCACCUUAUAUGAGGACCAGUACAAAGACAUAUGUAAUGUUUGCCAUUCUAAUUGUCGGCGCGUCGUGUUAUUUCACUGUGGAGUAUAGAGAACGGAAAGUGAAGAAGUUUGAGAUAAAUAAUUUGAAUAAUAAAGAGCCUUGUGCAGAGAAAGGCUGCGACAAUAUCAUGUUUCAGCACGUUGAAUGAGUUUAGUGUUUAUUUUUAAGGUUUAAUCUGUGAUUGAGUAUCUAGUACCUAAGGUAGGAGAUAACACAAGGAAAGAUAAACUAAAAACUAAUUAGUAUAUAGAAAGAAAGAAAGAAAAUUUACAAUAAUAUAAAGUUUGUACAAAAUAUAAAAUUUGCACACAGGAGUUAAAAAUAAUUAAAAAUAAUAAAAAUAUAGUAACUACAGAAGUAACUUAAUACAUAAAAAGAAAUACAUAUAUAUAUAUAUAUAUAUAUAUAUAUAUAUAUAUAUAUAUAUAUAUAUAUAUAUACAUACAAUUUGAAAAAAAAAACACUGAUCAAUUUGUCAGUCAUGCCUUCUCUUUGAUAAUAGGUCAACCAUUAAAGGGAUAUCGGCCCUAGCAAUAAUUUCUCUGUCACAGGUACUAUACAGUAUGAUAAAGUUAAGACUGACAAAUAGUCAGGUUUUUUUUUUAAGUUACUUGAUAUGCUAAUUAAUUUUUAGUUCGCUUAACGAUGGUGGCAAUCCAACAUACAGCACGCCUGGUGGUAAACGGUUACCAUAGUUUAUAGACAUUUGCAAAAUCAAGAGGAUCACAUGCAAGUAGCUAACUCUAACUACUUGUUGUUAACCAGUAAGCACAGUUUGUGCACACUGAACUUUCUUAACAUGCCUAUAAAAUUAGAAAACAUUUAUACUUGUAAAUUUAAAAAUUUUACAUGUAUGGGUUGCAAAGUAAUAUUUAAUUAUUGUUUAAUAGAUUUGACGUCAGAUCUAAAAUUUUAUAUGUAUAUGAAUUAUACAUAAAAGUUAAAUAUAAAAUUAUUAGGUAUAGGCGAUUAGGCUCUCAUUAUGAUCGGUAGUUAGCUUACCGAUCAUUCCUAAGUAUCUAAACAACAAACAUUCAUUGACCGUUGAUUGUUACAUUUACGGAAAAAUUAGGUAAAUUGUUGUCUGUGUAGGUAUUGUGAAUGAAAUCAUAAUAUGUUAGUUUGAACAAUGAAAUACCUAAUUUAAUUAUGUUUAUAUCGGUCCCAUGUCAGUUUAAAAUCACGACAUAUCGUAGUUCCGGUCACGUUAUGACUGACGGUGCAGUGUACCAAAAUAACAUGCCGUUGGAUGCUUUAAUGACCAUAAUGAUCAUGUAUUAUGUAAAUGAGACCUUUUUAUAUUGAACUACAGAAUGUCUAUAAGGAAUCGUAGUAAGAACUCAUUGAUUAUUCAUGUAAAAUACGAAUGUAUGUAUUAAGAAAGAGAAAAGAAUUGGGAAAAUAAAAAAAAAAGUUUUACAAAGAUUUAAUUAAUUAAUUAAAAUUCAUUGAUGUUCAGGUUAUUGACCUGAUACGACAUCAUAAUAUUCAAGAAAAGAGCAUAUUCCUUUUUUAAAGGAUGGCAAUACAUUUGUAAUGUCUCUGGUGUUGUGAAUGUAAUGUACAUAGGCGGCGAUAGUCACUUACCAUCAGGUGAGUCGCAUGCUUAUUUGCCUCCUGUGUGUGUGUGUGUGUGUUAUAAAAAAUAUAUAAUACACAGAAAAAUUGAAACGUAUCAAAUUACUAAUUAAAAUAACUUUCUAAUUACUUGUCUUUCGUAUGACUUGUGUUACACACUGACCUACAAAUUGGUUGACCUUUUCGGUUUCACAUUCACGAUUUAACCUUAGUUAUGAGUACUGAAAUAUUAUCUACUGAGUUAUUGUCCACACUAUUCAGUGACAAGAGAAGUGUGUGUACAUAUUACAGGUUCUAUUUAGAAAUGUAAUCAUAUAGACAACAAGUUUGUGAGAAAGGUAUUUACGCCUAUAGGCUACGGUAAACGAGGUUAUCGUAGCCUAUGGACGCCUGUAACAUCAGGGGUGUCACGCGUUGCCGACCCUUAAAAACCUUAAGACGUCCUUUUUGAAGACUCCCAUGCUGUAGUCUCUAGGAAAAGCCUUGGCAUGAAGAUCAUUCAUCACAAAAGCCGUCUGCACAGACAUCUCUAUUACAUACAUGAUUGUGCUAAGAGCAUGCAUGCAGGUGCUUGCAUUGCCGUAUUUAAGUUUUUUUUUUACAACUUACAAUGGCAAACAAGCUGAUGGCCCACUUGAUGGAAAGUGGUAACCGUCGCCUAUAGACAUAAGCAGUACCAUGGACAUAAGAGAGUAUACUGUUUCGCCCAUGAUACCCCCAUGCGUUGCCAUUCCUGAGGACUCAGAUGUUAUUCCUCUGUACCCUGUAAAUUCACGCCAUAUCCCACCGUUCAAACCGAAACAUAGCCAGGCAAACACAACUACUUUACGGUAGAAACACAAUGGGACAGAGGUACCCAAGCAAUCGAUUUUUGUACAAAGUCAAAACAUUACACGGCACAGCUACUAGAGAACUAGUCUGAAAUGGUAAUGUAUACGGAGUCGUAGUAUAUUCUGUGAUGUUAGAUGGUGUUGUCAUGACUGUAGGUGACGGGUACCACUUUCCACUAGGUGGCCUGUCAGCUUAUUUGUUAUUUCAAAUUGCAUGAAAAUGACGGUAACGUUUUAUUUACCUUUGGCAUAACUUGUGAAUACAAACUCUACGGUUAUCAAAUGACUGGCUACUUCGAUUUCGAAAUCACGAGGUCGUGACUCAUUACCUUGAAUAAGAUUAAUAAAAUAUUAUCACGUGAGUUAUUGCCCACGAUGUUCUCUGGUAUGAGUUUGCAUUAUUUAGAAUCUGAUAUACUAUUAAGAAGGGGGGAGAAGGCAUUGUUAGUAAUGAGGUCUAAUAGUCCCAUUGCUAGCAAUAUACCCUCUCAGGUCGACCUCCACGCGGUUUCCCCUCGUAACCAUUAUGGUUAAUUUUUGUCAAAUUUUUCAUGGUGAGCCAAACGACCUACAUUUAUUCCAGGGUUCGCCGAUAUAUAUCAGCGGAUAUAUAUCAUGAUAUAUAUCACGAUAUAUAUGAAAUAGAUAAAUAUCAAUUGAUUUUUUCAUGUCUUCUAAACUAAAAAUUUUGGAAAUUAAUAUUUACCCUGGCUACACGUAGCGAAAAACUACAAUUCAGAAUAAUUUAGAUUGUUUCUCAAAAUAGCAACCUCAUUUAAAGUUGGGGAAAUCCCUUUUAACUUCCCAGUACGGCUAGCUUUUUAUUGAAAUUCAAACCUUAACUUCAUAUCAUAUAAGGUUUAUUUUACGAAGUAAUAAAAACAUGGGGAUUCCCUAAUGCUUCUAGCGUUAAUAAUUAUCACUUUCUAGGGAAUUCCCGCAAGCGUGACAAUCGAAAGAUUUGACAAACUUUGAGUCAUUAUUGUUUUUCACUUCGGUCAAAUAAGACUAAUUGUUUUGUUACUUGUGAAAAGUUUUUUAAAUAAUAAAUGUAGUAAUAAUUUGAUACUUAUUUUAUUUUACAAAUUCCUUUCACAUUUUUAAGCGUGUAAUCCCCUCACAGAAUGAAAUUCGCUUCUUUUUCUUAGCCGGGAUAUAUAUCUGAUAUAUAUAUAUAAAAAAAUCGGAUUUUUGAUAUUUAUUAUAAAAAUCGGAUUUUUUUCGAAUUCUGAUUUAUUCUUCCACUGGUGCCCCGCUGGUGUAUGCCGAUAGAGCGGGCGGGGUUACCAUUCCAUUAUCACCCGUUAAAAAAAAACUUUUUUUAUUUGAAAAGUCUUUAGAUUGACUUCCUUGAAAUUUUAUAAUAAUUGAUUCGGUAGUUUACUUAAAUUCUAAAAAUAUUUGUUGUAUUAAAAAAAAAAAAUGCGUAGUUAGAAUCCGGCAGGGUUUAAACUUGCACGUUUUACAUGUCGGGGCCACAGAGCGAAUAAUUAUGGUCGGGACAUUAAACAUGACAUUUUCAAACUUUAAACCUAUUUUUUAUUUAUUUUAGGGGGCAAAAUAAUAAAUAGUUUUUAUGAACAGUAAGGUAUAUUUCUGACAUUUUUUUAUAACACAGGAUAAACGAGCAUGUGACUCAUCUAAUGGUGACAUUAUGAUGAUACUUAAAACUACCAAGGAAAAUUGGUUUAAAUAUAUUUUUUUUAAAUAUUUUUUUUUUAUAAAGAUAAGAAUCGAUAUGAUCAAAUUAAAUUUUUAUAUGUACCAGUUUACUUGUUUAUAUUUUGUCGUUGAAUAUAAAUUGUAAAAAUUGUAAAUUGCACUUUAUGCAAUUGUACUUUAUGUAUCUUUCUUGAAUAAAAGUAUUAUUAUCAUUUGUAUUUGUGUAUGUAUAUAUAUUUACCUGUGUAAAUAAAAAAAGUAUACAUAAAAGUAUUGCAACGGGUCGACGAAUACAGGUUGGAAAUUUGUGAAUAAAUAUGCGGGAAACAUGUUUAGCUAUACGUAGCUAUAAUGAUAAUGACGUUGUAAAGUUAAUGAUAGACAAUUAUUUUUAAUACGGUUAUAAUUUUUGUAACUGUUCUUUAAAAAUAUUAUUCUUUUGAUAUUGUAAUGUGAAAAUUGUUGCAAAUAAAAAGUAAUUAAUUA